GUUGAGCAAGCCACAUCGCAUCUCCCCUUCGCCUCCAUAAAACCCUCCUUGUGGGCUGUGGCGUAGUGGGGCGCCUCACGGGAGUUAGGGUUCAAGGGCAGGCGGCGACGAAGGCACCGCAUCUGCGCGAGAGAAUUCCUGGGGAGAUCGAGGAAGUGCAAGAGCUAUGGGCAAUUCGUGUGUUACUGUGAAAUCCAACGAUCCAGAGUUUUAUCGUGAUGGGCAGCCAACGUUCAAGUGGAGGAUCGAUGGUUUCUCCUCGCUGCUUGCUAAGGAUCAAGGAUGGACCUGCUCCAGUGUGUUUGAGAUCAGGGGGCAUAGCUGGUACUUGCAACUGAACCCAAGGGACACAAAGAGUGAUGACACCGAUGAAUAUGUUUCUCUUAGGCUUGAGCUGUCCCAAACAUCUGUGAGAUCCGACACGGUCGUGGAGACAUAUUUCAAGUUCUUGAUAUAUGACCAGUCAUAUGGAAAGCACCAUCAACAGAAUGUGAACCACAAAUUUCAGCCUACAAGUACAAGCUCUGGGACCUCAUGCCUGAUCCCCCUCACGAAACUCAAGGAGCAGUCCUCUGGAUUCCUCGUCAACAACUGCUGUGUUUUCGGUGUUGAGUUCGGCGCAGUUGUCACUGUUAAAGCUAAUGGUGCGUCAGAGACACUGUUUGUUCAGAAGGUUAACAGCAUCUGCAGUGAUCCCAAAGUCUACACCUGGAACAUUGACGACUUCUUUGCAUUGAAGAGCCCAAACAACUCUCCAGAGUUUGAGCUCUGUGGACACAAAUGGUUCAUCACCAUCUAUCCAUCUGGAGCCGAUAAGGAUGAGAACUACCUCUCUUUGUUCCUGGGCAUGAAGACGCCAGAUACGCAGAAUGCAAAGCUGGUAGAAUUGAGCAUAAUGAUCAAAGACCAGGAAACUGGCAAGCACCGGAAAGCAAAAGGCCGGCGCCAAUUCUCAAAGAAAUCCCCCUCAUGGGGAUGGCACAAGUUCAUAUUGCUGGAAGAUUUCAAGGACUCAUCAAAUGGUUAUCUUGUGAAAACAAAGUGUUGCAUCGAAGCUCAAGUCGCAAUCAUUGGUUCCUCCCAGAUGGAGUAGAUUAUUUAUCCUCGGCAUAUAUAUGCUCAUGUCUGUUUAAAUUGUCUGUGGUUGGACUGAAUUAGGAUUCUGCCUCCGUAUCUUUGUUUGUUUGCUUGUGUUUGAACUACUAAAUUUAGCUUCCAAAAAAAAACUAUUGAACGUGUCAAUCCCAAAUAAAGAUUCAGAAA